AUCUGAAGUUUUUGCAGCAAGGCUUUGUUUUUUCAACUUUUGACCCUUUUCGUUAUCAAGCAACGUACAAUGCAGUACAUUACGCGUUACCUGAGUUAAUGAUAAGGAGUACUGAUAAAAAAUAAUCAUUUGAUUAUCAACGUGAUUACAAGUAGCCCUAACUAUGUGCGUAUGUGGUGCGCUGGUCAACGCUGGUCCUUGCAAGAUUUUUGGGUAUAAAUUCUUGUCCAGAAACCAUUUUGAAAUCAUUCGAAUCUCAACAUUCAUCCUCAAAACAAUCAAUUCUACCAACCAAAUUUUCAACAUUUUCAACUUUUUGAAAAUUAUUCUCCUCAAAAUAUCAAUCAUGUCUAAAAUUCAAUUCUUUUCAAUCCUUUUUGUUUGCUCGAUCAUCGGUAAUGUUUGGACAGCACCGGCUUUUAAUCCGAAUAGCUAUAGACAAGCUAUAAUCAACUAUGGACGAACUUUGAACAGAGAUAUUAGCCAAAAAUUGGUUAGAAAAAUUUAUUCAUUCAAUGGUCAGAUUCGUGAAUAUGCUGGUGGUAUCCCUAGUGAUUCCGCUUUACGGGAAUUGGCUGUACCAUUACAUUUCAGUUCAAACAUUGGAAAUAUGAUUGCUCCAUAUGUUGUACGUCGUUUUGUUACCAAACCAAUUGAAAUCGCAACAGAUCAUAUUGCUAAUUGGGUGGAUCAUAUCAAUUCAUCAUUGAAACCGUUUUCCGAUACCAUUUCCGCUACAUUGGGCAAUGGUCGAAAAAUAUAAUUUUUUCUCAUAGAUUUUUUGUAAUUCGCAUCAAAAACAAAUGUGCCAAUUUUAAUCACAAUAGUAUUUUUUCAUUUCAUUUGGAUGUAAAUAAA